UCACCCCCGCGGUCUCCGCCGCCGCUGCUGCCUGCGCUGCUGGCGGUGGAACUUCGCGAGUGGAACGGCAGAGGCGGGCCGGACGGGGCCGCGGGCCUGGCCACUCUGCAAAAUGGAGAUAAUCAGGAGCAAUUUUAAGAGUAAUCUCCACAAAGUGUACCAAGCCAUAGAGGAGGCGGACUUCUUCGCCAUCGAUGGGGAGUUUUCAGGAAUCAGCGAUGGACCCUCGGUCACCGCAUUAACAAAUGGUUUUGACACUCCGGAAGAAAGGUAUCAGAAGCUUAAAAAGCAUUCCAUGGACUUUUUGCUGUUUCAGUUUGGCCUUUGCACUUUUAAGUAUGACUACACAGAUUCAAAGUAUAUAACAAAGUCUUUUAACUUCUAUGUUUUCCCGAAACCCUUCAAUAGAUCUUCACCGGAUGUCAAAUUUGUUUGUCAGAGCUCAAGCAUUGACUUUCUAGCAAGCCAAGGAUUUGAUUUUAAUAAAGUUUUUCGCAACGGAAUUCCAUACUUAAACCAGGAAGAAGAAAGACAGUUAAGAGAGCAGUAUGAUGAAAAACGUUUACAGUCCAACGGUGCAGGCGCUUUGUCGUACGCGUCUCCUAACACUUCAAAAUGUCCCGUGACGAUUCCUGAGGAUCAGAAGAAGUUUAUUGACCAAGUGGUAGAGAAAAUAGAAGAUUUAUUACAAAGUGAAGAAAACAAGAACUUGGAUUUAGAGCCAUGUACUGGGUUCCAAAGAAAACUAAUUUAUCAGACUUUGAGCUGGAAGUAUCCCAAAGGCAUUCAUGUUGAGACUUUAGAAACUGAAAAGAAAGAGCGCUAUAUUGUUAUCAGCAAAGUAGAUGAAGAAGAACGUAAAAGAAGAGAGCAGCAGAAACACGCUAAGGAACAGGAAGAACUGAAUGAUGCUGUGGGGUUUUCUAGAGUCAUUCAUGCCAUUGCUAAUUCGGGGAAACUUGUCAUUGGACACAAUAUGCUCUUGGAUGUCAUGCACACGGUUCAUCAGUUCUACUGCCCUCUGCCCUCGGACUUAAAUGAGUUUAAGGAGAUGACAACAUGUGUCUUCCCCAGACUCUUGGAUACAAAAUUGAUGGCCAGCACACAACCUUUUAAGGAUAUCAUUAACAACACAUCCCUUGCGGAAUUGGAAAAGCGGUUAAAAGAGACACCUUUCAACCCUCCUAAAGUUGAAAGUGCAGAAGGUUUUCCAAGUUAUGACACAGCUUCUGAACAGCUCCACGAGGCAGGCUAUGAUGCUUAUAUCACAGGACUAUGUUUCAUCUCCAUGGCAAACUACCUAGGUUCUUUUCUUAGUCCUCCAAAGAUUCAUGUGUCUGCCAGAUCAAAACUCAUCGAACCUUUUUUUAACAAGCUAUUUCUCAUGAGAGUCAUGGAUAUCCCCUAUCUAAACUUGGAAGGACCAGACUUGCAGCCUAAACGUGAUCACGUCCUCCAUGUGACAUUCCCCAAAGAAUGGAAAACGAGUGACCUUUACCAGCUUUUCAGUGCCUUUGGUAACAUUCAGAUAUCCUGGAUCAAUGACACAUCAGCAUUUGUUUCUCUCAGCCAACCUGAACAAGUACCAAUUGGUUGCGAGAGGCCAGUUUGCUUCUGGGGACUGAUACCCUCCUUCCCAGGGGUAAUGACUCACCCUGCAGCUGUCAAUACCAGCAGAUAUGCAGAGAGCUAUCGGAUCCAGACCUAUGCUGAAUAUGUGGGGACAAAGCAUGAGGAGAAGCAGAUCAAGAGAAAGUGGACAGAAGAUAGUUGGAAGGAGGUUGAGAGAAAGCGGUUAAACACGCAGUGCAUCUCCUAUGCUUUGCAGAAUCACUGUUACCACGCCAAUAGUCUCACAGCCACCAGCACAGUAGGAAAGAGAAAUCUGAGUCCCAGUCAAGCAGAAGGUGUCCUGGAGGCCAGAGUAUCAGGGGAGAUUUCUGACACUGAGCUUGAGCAGACAGAUCCCUGUGCAGAAUCCCUCUCAGAGGGAAGGAAAAAGGCCAAGAAAUUAAAAAGGAUGAAGAAGGACCUUUCUCCGACAGGAAGCAUCUCGGACAGCUCAGCCAAGCUCUUUGAGGUCCCUGACACGUGGUAACCAAGACCUGAGUGGAACAAACCGCUGGUGCUGUUGCUGAGAAGGAAAGAAGCAGCCGGCAUUUUUGGAAGCCAUACUGUGUUUAACUGAAUCCAAUGUGGUGCAGGAGGGGUUUGAAACCAAGUGUGUGUCUCCUGAAAAAUCCCAGUUUUUAUCGUCAAGGCUGUGUUCCUUCCUCUUUAGCAUCACCUGUCUGCUGGCGCUCAGCAUGUCGUUGGCUGUCAUGUGUACGUGAUUAACCAGGUCAUUACUUGUUGCUCAUGUGAAACCCUUCCUGUCAUGAAUCUUUGUUUAAGAAUCCACCUGAUGGGGAAGGUUGGCCGUGAGAUUUCACAGAAAGAGCCAACACUCUUAGGUGCUGUGAUCCUGAUUUGGGGUUGAACUCUUCCCUGCUUUGAGAGGUUCUCAUCCACCAUCUCAUGCUCAGUCCUGGGGGCAGCCCCAGCGCGUGGGUAUGUCUCCCAGUAGAGAAUUCGGUUGUGUCUGCCUGCUUUCCACCAUCGCUGCCUGAAAAUAUGAGGCUCUCAAGCUUGUUUUCCCAGUAGGAAAAUCUCUACCGCUGUCAACACCUGCCUUGACCUUUGGGGCAUAUUUAUUUAGAGUUUUCCCCCUAAGAUAUGAGUUUCUCAUGGUGGAGUGUACGAGUGAAAAGUUAAUUUCUGUUUUCCCAUGUAGCACUGCUUUCAGUUUUCGUUAUCUUAGCCUGAUGUCUUCUCUGUUUGGUGGCAUCUGAGGGUGAGGUGGCGUGUGUGCAUGUGUGUGAAAUCAUGACAAAUCGACACCCUGUACCAGCCCUUUCUCUGUUGAAACAGGUCACAACAGGGACAGAAUCUCGUGGAUCUGCUUCAGUAGAUCUGCUUCAUAUAGAUCAUUGUUAGAUAUUUAACAUUUUUGUAUCGUGGAAAUAAAAAUGAAAAAUGUAUUUCCAAAAGAUGAAAAUUAAAGAAAUUUUCAUAGGA